AAAGAAAGAUGAGUUUGUCACAUAAGGAUGCAACAUUAGUCAAUUUUGUAUCUUUACCUUACAACCUCUUAAGGUUUCCCAUCCAGUUCCGAUCGGAGUCAUACACGCAAUGGCGUGCCAUCAAACCAUGGUGUUGCAUACCCCAGUAUUGCUGGCUGUUCAGUCCGGCAUUGCGCGGAACUGGUGUUGAAGAUUUUCAUUCAGUGUUCCGAUAAUGGCGUCUCUUCGAAAGGUCAAUUUAAGCUAUAAAUCCAGCUCUAUCUGGGCUCCAUGUGUGCCAAUUAUUCUCUCGUGCGGCUAUUGUAUUACCUGCUGGACUACUACAUUCUCAUUAUCAAUAUGGCAUCUGAGGAAAAUCUGACGACUGGAGUUAAUAAGGACAACGUGCAGGGCAACAUAUGGCCGGGUUUGCCCAAGGAGUUUGAGUUGUUCUACUUUUUCAAGAUUUCCAAGACGGACAGCUUCCGGCGCCAUCUGCGCUACCUGAUUCCUCAUAUAACUACGGCAAAUAGCGCCCUCAAAUCUCGAGACCAAAUUGCGAAACACAAGGCUGCAGUGUCCGACGGGCUUACGCACCCCGCAACGAUUCCACUGGCUGGGGUAAAUAUUGGCUUCAGCGCGAAUGGCCUGAAGAAGCUGGUGAAGAACGAGAGUGACCGCUUGAAGGCUGGUCCCUUUCUUGGCGGCAUGCUUGCCGAUCUGCAAGGUGGGACUGCUGGGGGUGAAGGCCGGGAUAAUCCAGAUGACUGGGAGACACGCUUCAAGGAUAACGACAUCGAUGGCAUAAUUCUGGUCACGGGCGAUUCCGAGAGGACCGCUUAUGCGAAGCUCUAUGAGGUGAAGUCUCACUUUAUCGGCUUUUUCUGGUUCAAUUCCAGCAUCAAAGACCGCUUCACGAUCGCUGGAUAUAAGCGUCCGGGCCAGGAGAGCAAUAAGGAACACUUUGGGUACCGUGAACAUAUCUCCCAGCCCCAGCUUGUCGGGCUGGACCCGUCCCCCACAGGGGAUAAAGAACCUCCGCCAGUACCACCGGGGUAUAUUAUCACCAACACCGACCAAGACCCUUCACCUCAGCCGGAUUGGGCGACGGAAGGUAGCUUCCUGGUCUUCCGCAAGCUUCAACAGUUAGUGCCGGAGUUUAACAAAUGGUUGAAUGAAACGGCCCCAAAGCACGACCUGACCGCCGAUCAGCUCUCUGCACGCUUGAUGGGCCGGUGGAAAAGUGGAGCUCCCUUGUGCCACACGCUCUGGAAAGACGAUCCCGCUCUGGCGGAAAAUAACAAUUUUGACUAUCUACCAACCAAUACCCAAGAGCAUUGCCCUUUUGCCGCGCAUAUACGCAAGGCUAGACCACGUGGCGAUCUGGCAGACAAAUUCAGCAGUGCAAUCAUCCGGCGGGGCAUACCGUAUGGCCCGGAGGUUACAAAAGAAGAGCAAGACAAGCAAACAACGAAGGAAGAUCGUGGAAUGUUGUUUGUCUGCUAUCAAAGCAAUAUUUCAAAUGGAUUCCGCAGGAUCCAAGAGCAGUGGUGCAACAAGAACACCUUCCCCUCAGGCAAAAAGCGUAUCACCGGUGAUCCAGGACCCGGAGCCGAUCCAAUCUGUGGUCAGCCAAAUGGGCCAGACCCGUUUGUGAUGGGAUUGUGUGAUGGCAAGAAUAAGAACAUCCAUGUGGAUUUGCAUUGCUGCGUGAUUCCUAGAGGGGGGGAGUACUUCUUCUCCCCUUCCAUUGCCGCACUGAAGAAUAUUUCGAACGGCUCAACUUAAGAGUUCCCUGUCAUGGAAUGCUCCAUAGCUUUUGUCGCUCUCUUACAACUAGUAAUGAAUCUGAUAUUGCACAAUUGAAGCAAAUAUUAGGCCU